AUGUCAGACAGCGACGAGGAAUCCCCGCAGCCGCGGGCCGGCAGCGGCGGCAGCGGCGCCGCCGCCGCAGACGACCCUCUCGACCCGUCGUCGCUGCCAGCGCUGUUUUGGGAUGACAUGCCGGCCAACCCGGAGGAGCACCCAGAUUACAUGGCUCUGAAGGCCAUCGCGGACGAGUGCACGCCGGAGGAGCAGGCCGAGAGCUUCAAAAAGCAGGGCAACAAGAAGCUCGAGGUGGGCAUCAAGGCCAAGAACCGCUUCCUUUUGCGAGAGGCUAUAGGGCUGUAUGGCCAGGGCCUGGCGCUGGGCAGCAGUGAGAGUGAGGUCAACGUCGCACUCCUCAACAACCGGGCCCACGUGCACUCCAUGCUGGGCAACUGGCGCAGCGCACUGGAGGAUGCCCUCGCGGCGCGCAAGCUCGACCCCUCCAGCGUCAAGGCGGCCUUCAGGGCGGCGCGCGCGGCGGCGAAGCUGGGGCGGCUGGGGCAGGCGGGGGACCUGGUGGAUCAGGGGCUGGCGCUGGACCCCGCCAAUAAGGACCUGCUGAAGCUGCAGCAGGUGCGGGGCCCGCGGGGAGGGGGGGGUUGA